CUCCACCGCCCUCCCUCUCUCACCAUUGAAUAUUUCUUGGCUAUUUGAUUUUUUGUCGACGGUUGAGGACCUGUACCGUUCCCACUGUAUCUCCCCGCUAUUGAUCUCCAGGCUCCGAGAGUGUUGGUAGCAUCAUGGCUGGCCACCACGAGCCGCUUGGGGCCAUGGCCCCCAUCGAUUGGGACGACGUUCCCCAGGACGAUAUCAAAGAGUUUCUCGAAGACAUCUUGGCCGAGACGCAGACCGUCGUCGAAUCCAUCCCAGCACCAGCCGCGAAGCCUGCGGCCCCGAACACUGGGCGAGCCCGGUCCAAGACGGAAUCGGCGGUAUCAAUCGGCGACAUCCAGCGAGCACCCUCACAACGACAAACAGCCGCAGCCAUCGGCCAAGCACAGGAUCUCCGCAAGGAAUGGAAAGAUAUCAAAAUAAACCCGCGCGAUAACCCGCUCGGUAUCAACGUUUACAAGCUGGGUGCCAAAGAUGGCCGUGGCUCUUGGUUCGCCCGACGCAGCGUACACGAGGGACUCUCCUUUGACGAUUGGAAGAAAGGCCUCGACAUCGAGUUUGCAGAGACUAUGAAGGUUCAAGGGUCCCCAGGAAGCGGCAACAUUCGAGGCAUCGGCGCCGACAAACGGGUUGAGAGCCGAACCAUCCAAGACGUUGGUCAACUCCAGGUUUUUCAACUUUCUGCCCAGUUCCCGGGCCCGACUGCGCCGCGCGAUUUCGUAACCCUGCUCCUGACUUCCGAAACCUCGGCCAAGCCCGCCGACGGGUCUCGUCCGUUGAGACAGUUCAUGAUCGUCUCCAAGCCAUGCGAGCACCCGGAAUGCCCCCCGCGUCAGGGCAUCAUUCGCGGCUACUACGAGUCCGUCGAGCUGAUCCGCGAAAUCCCAAUUGACCCUGUGGCGACUAAGAGAUCGCUCUCAUCCCUCGACUUGGGUAGGGACGAGUCUAGGAGGCGAAGCACCGUCAAUGAGAGCCAUGGCGCCUCAGCGGCUGCCAAUGAUUUUCCCACCGCCAUCGAGUGGGUCAUGAUAACGCGAAGCGAUCCUGGAGGAAGCGUGCCCCGUUUCUUGAUUGAGAAGGGAACCCCGCCAGGGAUCGUCGGUGACGCGGGGAAGUUCGCCAAGUGGGUUACGUCAAUGUCUGCCAAAGGCUUCGAAAAACCCGGCGAGGACGAUGUCACCAAGCCUGCCGAAGCGGCGGUUGAGCUGGAGGGAAACAAAGCCCUACACACCCCAGACAUCAUCACCACCAAUACCGAUCCCACCGUUCCUAUCAGCGAGCCUUUGGAACCUGACGACGCCCCGAUUCCCAUUAGCAAUGGCUUGUAUGGGAUCAUCACUGGAGCGUUUGGAGCAGCCAGCUCCCUGGUCGCGUCCAGCCUCCUCAGGAUUGGUACCUACUCAGAUGUCACCUCUAACGAUAGCUUUUCCGAUGCUCCAACUAUCGAAGAAGAGCAUCAUGAAGACGACAGUGUUGCCAGCGACACGUCGUCCGUUCGAAGCUUUGCCUCCGCCCUGGAGAGGAGCGUGACCGAAGACAAAUCACCAGAAAGCACUACAGAGACCCAGUCCGAAACAUCCAAGUCCAACAUGCAACCCAACCAGAACGAUAAGGAGCUCCGCAAGCUUCAGGAGCGGCGACGCAAACUCGACGAAAAGGUGGCCAAGAUGCAGGAGCGUCGGAAUACCAAGUUACUAGGAGAAAAGGAGAAAGACGCAGCGACUCUCGCUCGGAUGCGCGAGAAGCACGACCGCGAGGUCGCCAAACAAGAAGAGAAGUACCGCCGGGAGUUGCGCAAGCUAGAGGGGAAGCGGGAGGCCGAGCAACGGAAAGCCGAAGAGCGCCGGCGCAAGACACAAGAGCGCGAGGAGAAGGCCAACAUGACGAUCGAGCUCGAGAAGAUCCGAGCCGAGCGGGACCUCGCCAGGCGGCAGAUUGAUAUCCUCGAAGGCCAAGUUGGUGAGCUGCAAGCACAAAACACCAUGCUGGUGAGGAAGUUGGGCAAGUUGGGGCUGCUGGAGAGGUCCGAUUCUACGCCGUCGCUCAAGAGCAUACGGGACUCCAAGCCAGGGUCACCGGUGCUGUAGGGGAAGAUGGCCAAAUUAACGAUUCAUGUGAAAUAUAAAUGGGAACGUUUGGGUA